AUGGGGUUAUCUGAGGCUCUCACGGAGGGGGACGUCAAUGCUGUAGAAAAGGCAACUGAUCCUGGCGAUAAUACUAAAGCCUGCGGCAGCGAGUCCAAGUCAGAUGCAGAUGUAGAUGAAGAUUCGGAAGGAAAUGAGUCAGCUUCCGAAAUCGAGGUGCAGGCUCCCGUUGGCAGGAAGGCUUCUAGGAUGGAGAACAAAAAGAAGACCAGAGAGCAAAAGCGGGAAGCAAGGAAAAACAAAGCUCUCAAGGCUGGUAUCGUUAUUAGAUGGUGUCGGUAUAUUGUUCCAAGGAGAGGAGGAGAAGAGGAGGAGGUGGAGGCGGAGGCGGGGUGGUCGGAUUCAGAAGUCGAGAAGACGUUGGAACGGUUGGGCUUGAAAGACGGCGUGGAAGCGGCGGUGGACGGAGCCUUCGCGUGCGCCCAAUUCACGGCGUCCGAAUGCUCUCGGAGUGUGGCUUCACGCUCGUGCCCGGUAGUCCCCGCUUCAACGGCUGUCCAAUCGGAGCCAGAAACACUCCAGUCACGUCCGCGCUAUACGCCUUCGGAGGAGUGGGAGGGAAUGUUUAAUGUUGGUAUGUCCAGCACAUUGACAGGUUCAGUUCGAGAAUGUGCAUCAAAUAUGGCUAUUGCCAAACUAAAAGUAACGAGAAAGCUGACCGUGCAACUGUGGAGCAGGUAAACUACAUAUAGUCAAAAGAUUGAUAAAUUAUGUACCAAGUGUUUGGUGAAACCCACAUCAGCUGAUUGGUAUAACUAAAGUUACAUCUAUCAAUUUGUGAAUAUGUAUAUUUUGCUGUUGUAAUGCUGGAUAUUCGGUAAGCUACUAUGCAACAAAGUUGCUUUAAGAUCUGGAUUGAUCUUGGUAUUAUUGUCCAUGGUAACUGCAAGGCCUUCUUGUGUAGACAAAAGUUAAAUGAAUAGCGUGAUGUUUUUAUGAUGUAGACAAUUUGGAUUAAAUGAGUCAUUUGUGGCCAAAA